AAAUCACAGGGUUCUACCAUACAUGUAGCAAUUGAAAACAAUACUUCCUGAACCUCUUAUUUUACCUGAGCACGGUUAAAACGGCGUACCGGCUCACCGCGGGGUCGUCCGGGAUGACUAAACCAAAACUACAGUGAGGAUUACGAGAGAGCGGGCUGCAAAAGUUCCGCCUGACUGCGACAACAUCUGGUCUACAUAGUCUGAAGUUAACUUGCUAUCCAGCUAGCUGCUGUAGCAAGAAUGGCGUCUUUUGUUACAGAAGUGCUAGCAAGCUCUGGAAAACUAGAAAAAGAAGACCUCACCAACAAAAUAAGCAAGCUGUCACGGAAAGUGGAGGAAACAAAGGAAGAGGUAUGCGACAUGAUCAACAAGAGAUACAACGAGUUCCUUCCCAGCAUGCAAGGGGCCGAAGCUCUAGUGGGACAAGUGGAGGAGGUCUCCAGGGAGAUUAGCACGCUCCAGAACUGCAUUGAGACCGAGGUACAGGAGAACCUCCACGAGGCUGUGACAGAGUAUGCAAAGUUGAAACAGCAGCUGGAGAGAAACACAUCAGUAAUCGCCAUGCUCAGACACCUUGAAGAGUUUCACAACGCGAUGGAGGAGUUUCACAAGGCUCUGCAGGAGAAGAAGUACAUCCUCGCAGCCCAACAGUUAGAAAAGGAGCGGGCCAGUGCCGAGGCGCUGAAGGCCUGGAAGUGUUCCCAGCUGCCCCUGCUACGCUCCCUGAGCGCUGAGCUCACCGUCCAGAGAGAGACCCUCAUCUACCACCUGGGGGAGGAGUGGAAGAGCCUGGUGGUCUGGAAGCUGCCCCCCUCCAAAGAGCUGACGGAUGUGACGUCGUUCCUGAAGACGGAGCUGCAGCUGAGCCCUGGGGGGCGUGACGACUCAGAGCCAGGCCCCUCCCCCCUGGUGUCUGGCCCCUCCCCCCUGGUGUGCUGCGUGCUGCAGGCUCUGGACAUCCAGGGACAGCUGCAGCACAAAGUCAAGCUCUUCAGCCAGGUGCUGUUGAAGUACCUGCUGAAGCCUCUGAUUUCGUACCCGUGCCUGGGUGUGGCGGUGCAGGAGCAGCCGGGGAGGAACACCUGCGUGGUGCUGCAGAGUCAGGAGAGCUCCGCGCCGCACCCCAGCCCCUCCCAGGUCUACAGCAAGACCCUGCUGGUGCUCAGGACCCUGCACACACACCUGCUGGAUGUUUCUGUGGGAGAGAAGAAGGUGUCUGCCCUGCUGGGGGACCUGAUCUGGGCGGAGAUAUCUCACUGCAUUAUACACGAGUGCCUGUUGUUCUCCAUACCUGCCAACAGCACACAGCUGGAGAAAUACAGCGAGGUGAUCCAGGAGACUGAGGAGUUUGAGAGGAGCCUGAGAGACAUGCAGUUCCUGAGCGCUGACUCCACAGAGCUGCUGCGCUACGCCCGCGAUGUCAACUCCCACUUUGCCAGGAAGAAGUGCAAAGACGUCAUUGUGGCGGCGCGCACACUGAUGACCUCAGAGAUGCACAACACCGUCAAAAUCAGCCCAGACACCAGGCUGUCCAUCCCCAAGCUGCCGGAGCAGGCGGGGGGCCGGGAGCCCCAGGAGGGCUCCAGGAGGGGCCCCCAGCGCGAGCCCGCCCAGCUGGAGAACGUGCAGCAGCUGGGGUCGGGGAGCCUCCGUCUGCCCGAGUGUCGGAUCAGCGAGUGGGUGCAGCAGCUGAUGGAGCUGGCCCUGCGCACGCUGUCAGAGGCUGUGGACAGCUCCAGCCGCUGUGCUACACAACUGUUCUUCACCGUGAGGAAUAUAUUCCAGCUGUUCUACGACGUUGUACCUACAUAUCAUAAGGAGAACUUGCUGAAGUUCCCCCACCUGGCAGCCAUCCAGCAUAACAACUGCAUGUACAUCGCCCACCACCUGCUCACCCUGGGGCACCAGUUCAGACCUCACCUGCCCGAACCGCUCAGCGAAGGAGCCGCCACCUUCGUAGACCUGGUGCCUGGCUUCAGGAAACUGGGUGCCCAGUGCUUCCUGGCCCAGAUGAACGUCCAGCGAGCAGAGAUGCUGGAGCGCCUGUCCACCGCCCGUAACCUGGCCAACCUGGAUGACACUGACAACUACACAGCAGCCAACAAGGCUGUCCGGCAGGUGAUUCACCAGCUGAAGAGGUUGGGGACCGUCUGGAAGGACGUUCUGCCCGUAGACAUCUACUGCAAAGCUAUGGGAACACUCCUAAACACGGCCAUAUCUGAGGUCAUGGCCAAGAUCAUGAUGUUGGAGGACAUCUCCACUGAGGACGGAGAGAACCUGCACACACUCUGUCAGACCAUCAUGGAAGAAGGGCCUCUGGUGUUCACGCCGCUGGCUGAGGACAACAGGAACAGGAAGUACCAGGAGCAGGUUCCUGUGUACGUGAAGAAGUGGAUGACCUUCAGGGAGCUGGUGAUGAUUCUGAGAGCCAGUCUGCAGGACAUCGUGGACAGGUGGGCGGAGGGCAAGGGGCCGCUGGCGGUGGAGUUCUCCAGCUCGGAGAUGAAGAGCUUGGUCAGAGCUUUGUUCCAGAACACGGAGAGGAGAGCGCUGGCUCUCGCCAAAAUCAAAUAGAUUCGUACUCUAAGACUCUUUCGCUUCUGUUUGGACAAACAAGAGCUACAUGAAUGCUGCCGAACUUUUCCCUGUCUGCACAUUAAAACAUGCUCAUUGAAAGCUUUGUUCACGCUUACUUUUCUUAAGUUGUGAAGUACAUUUCAGUUGUAUUCAUUUGCUAUUAUAUAUGAUGUAACUAUUUUGCAUAUAAACUGUAGUUAUGAAUGACAUAAGUUUGUCUAAUGAUUGUUUAUUAAUCAGUAAUUCCUCUACAUUCAGAAAAAUAUCAUGUCCCCUAUGAAAAAUGUGGUCGAAAAUAAUGUAUCGUAAAUACAUAGUACAUUUUAAUCUUUGAACCAUUAAAAUAUUUUUUUAUAUGUA